AUGGCGGAGAGGAGGGAAGAGCAGCCUGGCAGGGCGGGAAACUGCUGCUGGGACAUAGAGCAGACACAGCUCCUGUUUGGGGCUCGAAUCUGGAGGGCCCCUUCCACCGUUUAUGGCCCAGAUCUAGACAAGCUCCUUUUGGACCUAGAGUCCUUCCUGCUGAUCCUGGACCGGGAGAACCUCAGCUACAUUGCUCAGGCCAAGAAGAAAUCCAUCGCUGAGCUACUUUCCAGGUUCCAGAGCCCUCCAUCAGAGGACGCAGAGUACAUGAUCAUGCGCUGCAUCUCGCCCUCCUCUGGGAGCAGCGCUUUCCAAACGCUGGCUGACCUGAGCCCACGCCAAGCAGCAAUCUUGUCUCCAGACCCGAUGGGAAGGGGAGAGUGUGACUUGCCCGCUGCCAAUGGCCAGUGCUCCUCAGGUGGGACAAACCCGUUGGGCAUCCUGCCCCACCUCCCUAGCCUGCCAGCUGAGGACUCCUACGAGGAGGCAGAGCCCAUCAACCCCAAGGGACAUAUGAGCCCAGCGGGCGGCGGGGACACAGACAGCAGCCACUAUGAGUCGUACGGCGAGGACGAGGACUGCGUGAAGGACCGUGCGCACUACAUCCAGUGGCCACCCGCCGCCGGCACCGCCGAGGCUCCUGCUCGCCCCGAGGCCCAACUCUGCGGCUUCCUCUGGAGGAAACGCUGGCUCGGGCAGUGGGCCAAGCAGCUCUUCAUCGUCCGGGAACACGCCCUGCUGUGCUACAAGUGUGCCAAGGACCUGCAGCCAGUGCUGGAGCUGGACCUGCGUGGCUGCCGCGUUGCCUACAAGGCCAAGCGCAGCAAGAAGAUGCAGCACGUGCUGAAGAUCACGGGGGCAGCGGCAGAGACGCUGGUGAUGGGCUUCCAGAGCCGCCAGCAGGCCGAGGACUGGAGGAAGGUGAUUGAGGAGGUGAGCAGCUCUCCUCUCAGCAGGCCUUCUGCCCACAGCUCUCCAGUAUUGCCCAGCUCAGAGCAGGGCAGGAACUCACCCCAGGUGAGAGGUUCCCAGCUUGGCUCUGACUCAGAUGAGGAGAACUCCCCGGUCAGCCCAGCUGCAGCCGGCUGCAUCCCAACUGGAGAGCCAAAGAAGGGAGGUUUCCUGGACGUGCUGCUGAACGGCCAGUGGCAGAAGCUGUGGUGCAGGGUGGAGCAGGGCACCCUACGGAUGUUCAGAGACCCCAGCUGCACUGAGAGCCCCGAGUACGCUGUGCCGCUGGCGGGCAGCAAUGUGACCCCGGGGGCCGACGUGGGCCGACGCCAUCACAUCCACAUCAGCCAGCAAGGCAGAGAGGUCGCCAUCCUGCAGACCCACUCGGACGAAGAGAGGGACGUCUGGCUGAAGAUCCUGCAGGUGGAGAAGGGAGCGGAACCAGCCUCUGUGUAUGAAACCUCAGUCCCUGGAGAUGGACCCAGCUCUGCCCCUGUGGGGGGCCUGCUCUUGCGGAGAUUCCCGACCCCCAACACCUACAUGGAUGACCCCUUUGGGCAGCUCCCGCCGGCGACACACCCCAGCCCCGUCUACUCCAACUCGGAUAUACUGCACCAGCUGCAGCAGAGCUUGGACAGAGCCGCCCAAGACCAGACGCAGAGACUCCCGUGUGCCCUUCCCGACAAUGCCUUCAGCAACCCCCAGAGCAGGGCUUCGGAGGAGACAGGUGAGGGAGGCUCCCUCUCCCAGCGCAGCAGGGACAUGGCUGCACCGGGGACAGACUCUGUGUCCGACAGAAGCCGAGCAUGGCCCCAUCUCGCUGCUCCUCCAGCCAGCCCGGGCAAGUCUCCGAACGAGCAGUGGGUAGAAGUGGCCCCGGAGCUGAAAAGCCGGGAUUUUUUCCAGUCUCAGCGGACGCUGAUGCAGCCCGAGAGGAAGGGCGCCCCAGACAGCUUGGAUUUCUUAAUUGGUAAGAGGGCCUUCCCCAAGCUGGAGGAGAAGGUAGGGCAGCUGGAAAGGGCGUGCCGGAUGAAAACCAGGCUGAAGGCCGGCUCGGAGAUGAACCUGCUAGCCAUCGGCAAGUCUCUGAAGGGCCACAUAGCCACCGCCACCAGCUCAGCAGGCUCCGAGGGUUCCUUCCUAACACCUCUGCUGAAACGCACCACCUCCACCAAGAGCGCCCUGAGGCGAGCGCCCUCCGUGGUCAUCAUUGAAAAGGGGAAGGUUCUGCAGAAGAGAAAGGAAUGGGAGAUGAAGUCUGCCAUGUAA